CAGUAAUAAUGUUUAUGGUCAGCAAUUUACUUCAAAUUCAUGCACCGUGUAACUUGGAUGGUGUUGCACCACAGGGAGAAUUUACAUAGCUUUCAUUUUCUACACUGGCUAUAAUGGGUUUGCACCGCCUCUCCAUUAUUGCACAACAGAAUAACACCUGUUAUCUCUGCGCUCAUAGGGACUUUGAUGUGCCGCUGACCAAGCGGCGUCUGUAAGAGAUUGAUUUUAGCAAGCAUACGGUGACGGUGACUUUAAGUGCGCUUUCUUCAUUGGUCGACGUAUAUUGAUCACCUUGCGUCUCGUAAAGCACCGGCAGGUUGUACGUGGAGAGUCGUACCCGUUAAUUACAGCCUGCUGGAUGUAGCAGUUGGCUAUAACAUCGGUAUUUGAGCUAUCUGGAGCAAACAGAGCUGGGGUUCCCGCUGGGCAAAGUGACGCACACACGCGCGCAACGCACGCCCAACAAACACGGAAAAAUACUUCUAUCCGAGAGUUUGCAAUGAUAAUAUAAUUGCUUCUCAAGUGAAGAUCACCUGUGCUACGUUAAGGAACAGCGAGAGGUUCCGGCAUUCAACAGAACUCGGUCUGGGAUUGAUACACUCACUCAGCUGAUCGCUACACAGAGGGUUUGAGAAUGGACGCAAGUGGAGUGCGUGCUUUGGCCUCCCUGCUCGUGCUCGUGUCGCACGUGCUGGCCCAGGAUAUGAUGCUGUAUGACAGCACCUUUCAGAGCGGACAGGCAGGACAGUUGAACGGUAAAUGCACGUGUGCCAAUAUCACGAACUUGGAAAACGCGGCAAACAGGAGGAUGCUGACGAUGGAGCAGCGGUUCACGGCUCUCAUCAUGGAAGAGAGGAGACGAAAUGAAAAUCAGUCCGAAGAAAUGCGGACUCUCAGCCAUAGACUACAUCACCUUAACAAACAAUUCAACACGGUGCAAGACAAGGAAACAAAACAGUCAGCGGUCAUCAAACACCUGCGAGAUGAGAUGGCUCGCCAGCAGAGCACCAUGGACAACCUGCAGUCCGACGUCCAGAGGCUGCAGGCCUUGGUUGGGAACCUUACCAGUUCCCUAGGGUCCCUUAAACAAGCCCCCUCACAGACCCAGGCCCACGUUACCCCAACAGCGAAGGUGGAGACGACAGAUGUCCCAUUUGUGCCGCUUUUUCCAAAAGAUUGCGAAGAGGUUUACAAGAAUGGAGGUCUUAGAUAUCCAGGGGAAUAUUACAUCAUGAUUCAGCCCUCGGACACCGACCACGCCUUCAAAGCCUGCUGCAGGAUUACCAACGAGUCAGGAUGGACAGUCAUUCAACGCAGGCAAGAUGGAUCUGUGAACUUCUUCCGCAAGUGGGAGGACUACAAAACUGGCUUUGGGGAUCUGAAGGGAGAAUUCUGGCUAGGAAACGAUCACAUCCACGAUCUGACUUCACAAGGUGCUUAUAAACUCCGCAUCGAGAUGGAGACUUGGGAAGGCAAAUCGUACUACGCAGAAUAUGACAGCUUCAGCGUCGGAGCCGAGAGCGACCUCUAUAAGCUGAGCGUGAAAGGUUACCAUGGCAACGCUGGGGACUCUCUGACAUCUUACUGGGAGAACCACGAUGGACAGCCCUUCAGCACGGUGGACAGAGACAACGACGAUCGUUACUAUGACAACUGCGCCAAGCAUUAUCGCGGUGCCUGGUGGUUCAAGAGCUGCUUCGAAUCUCACCUGAAUGGGGUGUACUACCAGAAAGGAAAGCACAACAAUUACUUUGUCCGCAACGGAGUCCAGUGGAAUACUAUUCACCUCCACUCGUCCCUCAAAUAUGCCAUCAUGAUGGUGAAACCCAACGAAAGCCCCAGCAUGAUCACCAAUGAGGUCCAGUAAACAGUUCAGAAUCAGAAGGCGAAAAGGUCUGCAAAAUCAUUAGACGCGACAAUCAUUCAUUCCGUGGUAUACCACAGGGGAAUCCUUGUAACACACUGCCAAGUUUAAGGAGGCUCUCUGAACCAAAAAGCGGGCCGUUCGUUCUCCCGUUCUUGUUUGUAGUAUAACAAUAGGGACCUGUGGCACCGAAUUCGUAAAUGCUGCUGAGACACAUUUGGCACAUGUCUAUUACUGCUGAUGACACUUAAUUUUUGUACACUGAAAUGUUCUAGGAAAAUUUUGCACUUAUGCCCGCAAAAAUGUAUAAAAGAUUAGUAGUCUUGGUGUCAUUGAUGGCAAGGGUAUCUUGCGUUAAGCGGUAGUCCGCUGUCGCAUUGAUACCCGAGUCGGUGUAAGCGGUUCAGGAAAGAUGCUGGUGAUGGAAAAAUGAAUUAAUUUCACCAAAGCGAAUGGUUAUCUCUAC